AUGGAGCCAAACAACAGAACAACACAUACGGUAACAGAAUUCCUCAUCACAGGAUUGGAUGAAGUACAACACCCAAAGCUGGUGGGAGCAGCCAUUUUGUUGGUCCUCUUUCUCAUUCUGAUCGGAAGCAUCACCAACAUUUGUGUCAUAGCAUUCAACAAGCCUCUGCAUACCCCCAUGUACUUUUUUAUUUGCUCGCUGGCAAUGGUAGACAUAGUCUACACCAGCGGCAUUAGUGUUACAAUGCUUAACGUUCUCCUUGGUGAGGAGAGAAGAGUCCCCUAUGCACCCUGCAUGAUACAGUGCUUCCUAUUUACUUUAGGAAGCACUAUGGAACCCUUCGCUAUUGCUCUGAUGGCUUAUGAUCGCCUUAUUGCAAUUUCAUAUCCUCUUCGAUAUCAGACUAUCUUAACUAAUAAAAAUGUAUGUUUACUUAUAAUAGCGACUUGGGCACUAGGCUGCAUAUUUGCCAGUUUGUUUACUGGCUUGGUGAACAAUCUGCCCUUCUGUGGCUCAAAUAAACUCCCAUACAGCUUUUGUGAAUAUGCAGCAUUAGUAAGAGCAGCAUGUGUGAAUCCUACAUAUUAUUUCAACGCAAUAUCUGCUGUGGGGACUGCUAUAUUAUGGGUUAACUUAGCCUUGAUAAUAGUCUCAUACAUGAAGAUAGUUUAUGUAGUGAUACAAAUGUCUUCAUCCAAAGACAGGAGGAAAACAUUUAACACCUGUGUCUCCCACAUGAUAGUGGUGGCUUGCUUCUUUAUCCCCAAGGUGUUGUUAAUGUUGGUCACCAGGUUUGGUUUGGUUCUCACGCUCUCUCACAGAAAUGGCCUAAUCAUUGGCUCUACUCUGGGCCCCUCUCUUGUGAACCCACUUGUGUAUUGUCUCAAAACCAAGGAGAUUCGAGGGCGCCUGAAAUAUAUUUUCAGGAGAACUGAAAUUAGUCCAAAUAUGUAAUGGUUAGGGUUACCAAAGCCAUUUCUUGUUUCUUGCUUGUUCCAAUAAAAAGUGGUUAAGUCAAUAAUGUUUCCAUGUUAUAUCACCAUCAAUGUAAUCAUGUUGAAUCAAUGUUGAGUUUUGAUUGAAUUUACAAAAACUCAUCAGUGGCUUGUAUCUCAACUUAACCAGUCAGGUUUCAACUCUGAAUCAACAAGAGUGUCAAGGUUUGCUUGAUUUAGAUCAUAGGUGUCAAACUCAUUCCAUGGAAGGCAAUGUGUCUGCAGGUGUUCACUCCUGUCUUUUACUGAUCACGGGGGUCACUGGUUAGUUAGGAACUCCCCUCACCUUAUACUCUAGGUCUUAAUUGGUCACUGGUUAGUUAGGAACUCCCCUCACCUGAUACUCUAGGUCUUAA